CUCUUUCUCUCUCCAUAUUAUAUAUAUAUUGUGUAUCUAUAUAUGUAACGCAUUAACAUACGGAUAUAGAUGCACAACUACAAUCGGCAGAUAACGUAACGCAUUUGACACACCAAACCCUAGAAGCUGCGCCUCUUGUCCUGUUCGAAACCCUAUUUUUGUGUGAAUCCUACAUUUCGCAAUCGCAUUUUCGAGCUCAUCGGGCCUGUUGGAUUAGGGAGAAUAGCAAUUGCGAUUUAUAAUCGGGAAAUUUGAUAUUCUGAUUGUUGAUUGGUUUCGGGAAAUCCAGUCCCGAAAAUAAUCGGCGAUUUGUGACAUCUGAGCUUGAGAUUUUCGAUCGGUCGCGAGGGUUUUUUGGAAAAUGGUUGGAGGUGGGAAUAGGAGGGAUGAGGGAUCGUUUACCGUGAGCAACACCAAUGUUUUUGCGGCGCUGGAGACUUUGAAGAAGAAGAAGAAGUCUGAUAAGGGGGGUAAGAGCAGUGGUGCUGCUUCUGGAAAAUCAAAGAAAGGGGAGGAGAAGCCGGUUUACUGGGCUCCGGCACCUCUGACAGUGAAGUCGUGGGCGGAUGUGGAUGAUGAGGACGACGAUGAUUACUAUGCCACCACGGCUCCUCCCCAGGCGAUGUGGGGUGGUUCUGGUGUGGAAAAAGUGGAUGAAACUCAGAAACUAGAUCAUUUGGAGGAAAGUGAGAGUGAAGAUGAGCUUCUUGAUGAAGGUGAUGAUGAUGUAGAAGAGGAGCCUGAACAUGGAACAGAGGUCGGAGAACCUUCUGAACCUAUAGUUGAAACACAGGUUGAACAAUCUCCAGCACCUAGGGAGACAGAAAGACAGCUUUCCAAGAAGGAGAGAAGGAAGAAGGAGCUUGCUGAAUUAGAGGCCAUUUUAGCCGAUUUUGGAGUAAACCCCAAAGAGAAAGCUGAAGAUGAGACAAAUGAUGUGAACAAAGACGGGAAAGAGGUGCAACUGAAUGGAGUUGAAGAGAAGAAAGAGAGUGCUGCACCUGCAGAAUCCAAGAGCGCAAAGAAGAAGAAGAAGAAGGCCUCCAAAGAGGCAAAGGAACCUCAGGACCAGCCCAAUACCUCAGAUGCUCCCCACGAACAAGAUGAGACUGAACAAGUGGAGGGGGAAUCUUCUGCUGUUGAUGUGAAGGAGCGGCUCAAGAAAGUGGCUUCCGCUAAGAAAAAGAAAUCGAACAAGGAGGUUGACUCUGCUGCAAGAGCUGUUGCCAUGGAGGCUGCAGCACGCAGUGCAAAACUUGCAGCUGCCAAAAAGAAGGAGAAGAACCAUUAUAACCAGCAGCCAAUCCGGUAAGGAAAAAGUCAGAGCUAUGGAGCUCGGAUCAAAUGGAGAUAGGUGGGCUUCUGUGGUUAAUAAAACUCCGAGCUCUUGCCCUCUAGUUUUGCAGUAGACGAACUUCAAUAUAAUUUUGCAUUUUGAACAUGUUUUUUUAGUUUUUUUUUUUGUUUUUAUAUCGAGAAACCUUUUCAAUUGGUACUUGCUUGUUAGAUCAGAUGUAUCAUACAAUACCUCUUCUCUUCUUGCUGUGUA